AUGCUUGACCUGCUACCCAAAUCGCUAUCCACCAAAUUCAACGAUGCGAUUGCCAUAUCAACCCACAAACGUGACUGGAGCACCGAUUCCUCUGGAAGCAGUCUGCUCAGUCCCUCCCAGUCACCGAGACCACGACGAGGUCGACGACGGCAAUGGAAGCGCUUGAGAUUCCUGCCCUUCAAAACAAUAUGCUACGCCGCAGCAAUCGCAAUCUUGACCAUUAUUGGGCUUUGGUGGUUCCUCAACCCCACGCCCACUGGUGAUCACCUUGAAUUUUCGAAACCCGAUGUCGAUGAUGGAGUGCCAGAGGAUGGUCCUAUCCCAAUUGGCCAGUCCGUAGACCGCGGUGGGAGAGAAGUCUUCUGGUGGGAGCAAUUCCCCAGACUCGACGGCUACUAUCGGGGCCGAAAGAAUAUUGUCCCAUUCCCCGACUAUAUCCCAGAACAACAGUCCAAUGCUUUCGACCCUUUCGAGCCAGGCGAGCAUGAUGACCCUGAGCUUAUUCCGCUGUCGCCGGCCCCUCCCCCAGACAUCGAACAAUGCUAUCUAGACGAAGAGAGGCGAGUCCUGCCACCCACAAUAUCUGCAUAUCAAGGGUUACCGCAGGGUAUGAGCGCACCACUUUUGGGAUCCCAAAAUGUGCUCGGUAUCAACGAUCAAAUCUGCUAUGAUCGAGUAAAUCGACUGGCGCCAUACGGCUUGGGAAUUUCGGAAGAACAAGGAGGACUCGGCAACCAUGCAGAAGGCGACAACGACGGACUAGAGCAAGUGAUUGCCAUUGACUGGAAGCGUGUCAAAUGGCACGACGCACAGCAGAGUUGUGUGUCGAAGAACUCCCCUCGGCUUCGAUCUCGGAGUGCCUUUGUGUUUCGCACAUGGGACAGCUUUCACUACACAGAACAUCACAUUGCCAUGCUACGUGCGAUAAUCAGCGAACUUGCGAUCGUGUCCGGGGGUCAGUACACGGUGCAUUUCCUCAUCCACGUGCAGAAUGACACUCUUCCCAUCUGGGCGUCAAAAGAGUUACACGAUCAGGUGUUGAGAGACAGCCUGCCAGAAGAAUUCCGUGGGAUGGGCACACUCUGGUCGGUGGCGCAAAUGAAGUUGAUCUACCCUCCACCAUUUCCUGACAGCAUUGUGAAUUUCUCGGGUGGUGAAAUCUACGAAGCAUAUCGAUCGUUACAUUUUCCGCUCCAAUACUUUGCUGCUCAAAAUCCCCAGUAUGAUUAUUUCUGGCAGUGGGAAAUGGACAUGAGGGUUACCGGCCACUAUUACGAACUGUUGAGCCAGAUCGAGUCCUGGGCAGAAGAUCAACCGCGAGACUAUGCUUGGGAGAGGUCAUCAACUUUUUACAUCCCGUCAUUACACGACUAUUCCUAUGAAAACUACGCCCAAUUUGUCAUUGACGAGGUCCAGUCUCGCAAUGAAACACCCAUUUCUGGUCCGCAGAUUCCGCAGGAACGACUGCUUAACAUCCCGGAACAGACCGCCCCAGAUGGUAAAGGCGAAAUUACAGAUCUAAUCACGCUGAACCCCCUGUUUAACCCCGAGCACACCCGCUGGGCUUUCCGCGACGAUAUAACUGGUUAUAACGUGACCCGAGACGGGCGACCGCCUACCAGAGCCGCUCUUAUCACAGCGUCUCGAAUGUCACGUCGCCUACUUCUGCUCAUGCACGAGGAGACCUACCGCAACAAGCAUACUAUGUUUCCAGAAAUGUAUCCUGCCUCGAUUGCCCUGCACUAUGGUCUCAAGGCGAUCUACGCCCCUCUUCCGGUGUACUUUGACAGAAACUGGCCCAGCAAGCAUGCCGAUGAAGUCUUCAAUAAUGCCCCUGUCACCUCGGAACACGAAAAGGCAGGCAUGGACCACGGACACGGACACUUCCACGGUGAAGGGGGCAGCGUCUUCGGCCCUGGUGAGCACGUCUUCCGGGGUGCGACGUAUUAUUCCAAUGCAGCAUUUGCCGGCUAUCUGUGGAGAAGAUGGCUUGGUAGAGAAAAUGCCCAUAACGAAUUGGGUUGGGAGUCGGAAGGAGGCCCGGGGGGCGGGCGCAUGUGUUUACCUAUGAUGGUCCUACAUCCGAUCAAGUAUGAAUGA